UAAAUCUUGGUUUGCCUUCAUUGGUCUUUAAAUUAUCCUUGAUUUUAACUAUUUCAGCAGCUUAUCAGCUCCAAAUCGAGUUUCCCGAUUUUAGGCCAACUGUUCAGCAUCUCAAAAUGCUCAGUCUGUUGCCUCAGAGUAUGUGCCGAAAUCCUAAGAUUAAUAAUGACGAGACCUACUUGCGCAUUUUGACGGCAAGUCUAAUUAAUUUGGAACAAUUUAUAGCUAAAAUUCCUGACUUUAGACAUAUGAAAAGCUUCAUACAAUGCAGCCAGCUUAUGCUGCCCUUCUUUAUAUUGUGGGUGGAAGUUCAACAAUGCGAGGGUUACGGUGAAGAAACUUUCUUUUGCAAAGAUGGAAAUUCGCUCGAAGAAAUCACACUUGGUUGUUCACUUGAUUGGAUUUUUGUUAUUCGUAGACCGAGUGGUACAACACAAAAAUUUAGAUGGGAGGAAGUUCGCGAGCUAGUAGCAAAUAAACGCAAAUUAUCAAUAAAAUGUGGGGAAAAUUUAGUUACAUCUGUCUUUUAUUUUGAGGACAAUGAAAUGUGUAAUUAUGUAUCUACUGUACUUAGUUGGAAGUGGAGACAUGCACGUACAGACGCGCUACAACAAAGAAGUGCCAGAUUAAGCGUCCAGAAUUUGCAGGGUGCCCUACCCUCAUUUAGCCAAGCACCUGGCUCAUUUACCCGUCGAUCUAAUACAAAUGUUAAUUCCGUACGUCCAAAUUCUGAAAUGAUUGUAGGUUCUGAAUUUACAGCUGCUGGUUCACAAUUCAUUCCACCCCAACCUUCGACACCUCAGUUAACAAUUCGUACAGAUCAGAAUAGCCAAUCUACAGUUAAUUCUAUACAAUCCUGCAAUCCUAUUCGACCUCCUCAAUCUAAUUCGGCCCUUUCUGCAUCCCGUUCAAUUUCUAUCGGCAAAAUAUUGCCUCCAGCUUCAGCUGAUUUUAUGGCUGGUGGAUCAAACAGUUCCUCAGCUCUUCCAUUUAUUCGGACUCAGAUUACAAAUGUUGCUGAUAAGGUUUCGCCUCCAGUCGCUGGCACAUGUUCAAGCAGUGCAUCAACAUUUUAUGUGCCUGCAGUUCCUCUACAAUUCCCUGGCACAGCAGUCCAGCAACAAAAAACUUCAAAUGGAAGCCAAGAGGAUUGGUUACGUCAUGAACAGCACGAAAUUGGUUCCAGUCCUGAAAUUAAUACUUUGGGCAAAAGUGUUUCAGCAGCAUCUGGAGCUAAAUGCAAAAAACAUCAAAUUGGAGGGGCAUUGAAUGCUAAUAACUUUGUAGCGGAUGUCAACAAUUUCUCGCUAACGCGCAAGAUAUUUACUUCUACACCAGAUCUACAUUCUGCACGUUUAAAUCAGCAACAACAACUUGCAAGCUUUCAAUUAUUACAGCAGCAACAACCUCAAUCACAGCCUCAAACACCUUUACUUCCCCCCUCUCAAAUGAAUGGCUCUGGAGGGCAUCGAAUUGUUCCAGGCCAAACUUCACUUUCUUCCGUUGUUUACCCACCUCCAAUCGCUGGAAAUGUUAAUUUGUUACCCCCUUAUUGCCCACCUUCAUCUACUACCACAUCUCAUCACAAUAUUAAUCCAGACGUUGGAAGCAGCAGUAACACAUCCUUCUAUCUACAAAACAGUCCAAUCGCUAUAAGAAAUGGGCCCUUCUCUCAAGGACAAGUAAUCGACGAGAAUGGUCAGCAACAAACUAUUAUCUAUCCAAUACCGCCAGAUGCUGCUUCGUAUGUCCAACCGCCACCCUCUUCUACAUCAAUUAUGGAACAAAUACUGCAGCAAUCACCCCAAUUAGGGCAUGUAUCAGCCCUUCAAAUUCCCCCUCAACUUACCGUACAGGGUUACCCUCCAACAACAAAUUCGCCACCUUCACCAGCAGCUAUCCCUUUACAAGAGGAAAGUCGGCGAUCUAGUCCAAAAUCCAAUGCAACUUCGUCGCAUUCAGAAACGCAAAUGACAAAUAAUGGUGUCAAUAACAGCGUUGAUCAAUCAAAAUCUUUGCCUGAGUUUGCAGAAAUUGAAUUUUCCGGAAUUCCAGCGAAGAGUUUAUCAGCUGAUUAUUCAGUCGCUGUCCGAUCACACAAUUUAGUUAGAAAUAGAGGAAGCAAAAUCUAUCCAUAUAAUGAAAAUAGAUUAAGAUUGGCUGUUACAAAUUCGAACCCAGAUGGUUACAUUAAUGCUUCAGAGGUUGUUGUUCCUAUCGGUAGGAACAUACAAUUGCGUUAUGUUAUCUCUCAAGCACCCAUACAGAAAACUAUUGAGGAUUUCUGGCAGAUGGUUUGGCAAACUGGAGCAAGAUUAAUUGUAAUGCUAGUCAAUCCUCACCAGGUCAACAAAAACGACACAAUUCCCAGCUAUAUUCCUAGCCAGGCUAAAGCUAAAUUAACUGUUGGAGAUUUUUUCCUCCGCCUUAAGAAUGUUAGCCAACCAGCUCAAAUGCAGAUGUUUCAACAAACAACAACAUUUACACUUGCCAGACAUGGCGAGCGUCGUACAAUUUAUCAUUUAUAUUGUGCUGAUUUUACUGAACAAGGAGUUCCAUCAUCUAUGGAUACCUUUAUUGGACUUAUUGAUGCAGCCUCUUGUCUCAAAAGACAUAUUCAAAAUGAAAUUAAAACAAAAGAGGAUCACAACAAGGAUUUAACUGAUGCAAAAGGGACACCAUCCUCAGUUGUUGUUAGCAAAUCCAACUCUAAUACAUCUAAGGACAGCCGAUCAAGUGACGCUUCUCGCUGUGAACGAGCUCAGUCAUCAGAGAGCGGUGGCUGGGCCAGAAAGAAACUUCGUUUUGAUCAAAACGGAGCUUCAAGCAAACAAACAUCUAACACAUCACCUAAACAUCAGCAACAAAGCAUUGAUGUUCAACAACAAAAUGCUAGCCAGGGACCUCUGACUAUUAUCCAAUGUACCGAUGGCGGUAGCGAUAGUGGACUUUAUUUGCUCUCUGAAGUGCUAAUCCGAAGCAUGGAAAAUAAUAUUACAUUGGAGGUUGCACAACUUCUAAGAGACUUGAGAUAUCAACGGAUGUCACUUGUCAAAAAUCCCCAACAAUACAAAUUUAUUUAUGAUCUUGUUGCAUUUUAUGAACGUAAAAAUAGACUUGUUUGA